UAUAAUUUAAUGUUUUGAGAUCCGUGUGUCUAAAAUGUGCUGUUUUCAAUCACACACUGAAUCUUUUCCAUGUUUUCAUUAUGUUCUGUUUCUUUUCUCUUUUUAGUGCUGAUUUCACUUAUACCAGUGCCACAUGCUCAAGGGAGUCCUAAAGCUGUGGUGUCCAUAAAGCCUGAUACACAUGUGAACAGAGGAGAGACUGUUAUAUUCAGAUGUGACGUACAGGGAGGACGAGACACUGAGUGGACAUACAGCUGGUAUUGGAAUAAUGACACAUUCUAUAAAGACAGCACAGUGCAGGAGAUCAGUAUCUGGUCUGUUAGAGACUCUCUCAGUGGUGACUUCACCUGCAGAGGACAGAGCAAUGGCUCACAGAGCUCAGAGAUCAGUGAUGCUGUUACUCUGACUGUAUCAGAGGGCCCACAGGUAGUACUGAGUGUAUCUCCACAGAGCUGGCUGACUGAAGGAGACUCAGUGACUCUAAGCUGUGAGGUUACAGACUCCUCUACAAACUGGACAUUCAGCUGGGACACAUUUGUUCCAUACAGACACAAUGAAGAUAUUUUCUGGUAUAGAGCGGUGUCCCUCUCAGACAUCAUCAGAGAAUCUGGAGACUCCUACACUAUCAGUCCUGCUGCUCUUAAUCACACAGGAGUUUAUGUGUGCAGUGCAGAGAGAUUAGAACGAGUUUAUCGCACAUAUGACAGCAACGAACAGCCACUAUGGAUCACUGGUGAAUCUCCUCCAGUCUCUCUGAUCAUCAAUCACAACAGAACUCAACACUUUACUAAAGACUUUCUCUCACUGAGCUGUGAGGACCAGAGUAACUCUACUGGAUGGAGAGUGAGUCGAUACACACACAGUGAGGGAGGGUCAGAUUGUUCAUGGUGGGGAUCAGUUACAGGAUCUACAUGUAAUAUCAGCUUCCUCUCCACAUCCUACACUGGGGUUUACUGGUGUGAGUCUGAAUCUGGAGAAAACAGUAAUCCUGUCAACAUCACAGUGCAUGAUGGUGAUGUGAUCCUGGAGAGUCCUGUCCAUCCUGUGACUGAGGGACAUCCUCUGACUCUACGCUGUUUAAAUCGAUACCCAAAGUCCUCAAACCUCCGAGCUGAUUUCUAUAAAGAUGGAUCAGUUCUCCAGACACAGACAACAGGAGAGAUGAUCAUCCAUACUGUCUCAAAGUCAGAUGAAGGUUUCUACCACUGUAAACACCCAGAGAGAGGAGGGUCACCGAAAAGCUGGGUCUCAGUCAGAGCGUCAGGUCCAUCAGGUGUAGAAGCUCCAUUCUCAGUGCUCAUGCUGAUCAGUAGUGUAGUGAUGGCCUCUCUGCUGGUGACCAUCAUUCUGCUGUUCAAAUGUUACAGAGCUCGAGCUCACAAUGGUGAAUACAGAAUCCAGAACGCAGUCAUAGAGGACUCAGCAAAGUUCAUCAAUAAAAAGAGGAUCCGUUUAAUGUAGAAAUCAUUUCAUAAUUGCUUUAGAGUCAUUUUGUGGAUUGUAAAUAAUACUGAUCUGUCGCUUUAACAUCAUGCUGUUUGUAGCUCAGCAUCUUACACGCACUCGUCUUUCUGACUGGGUUUGUUUAGCUGAAGCCUGCAAACCUCCUCAUGAGGUGAAAGUGAACAUGUGUUUAGUCUCUAAUAAAGCCUACAUGUUGCUAAUGCAAAAACACGUGUGAAAUAAAUGUGUCUGCUAUUGGAGUGAGUUUCAUCCCAACAUGGUGACCUGCACAUUACAACCUCAAAACGUUUCAUGUUACAUUACUGAUGAACAUUUUGGUGUGCGUUAUUGAGAGCAGACUCGAGGUGUGUAUUUUAUAUUUGGUUUGACUUUUCUUUUCAGCUGUGUGAACUUUAAUUGAAGUUGUGUGAGGAGAUGUGUGGUUGGAAUGUUUUGUUCAAUAAAAACCUUCAAAUAAAUGCACCAGUAUCGAUGAAGACUAUGUGCACAAUAUAUAAUAAGGGUUAUAUAUCAUUUUGUUCACUCCGUUAGUUAACCUGGUUGCAAUGAUGUGUGAAGUACAUGUAAUAUAAUGAGAAAACUCUGAGCAAAUACUCUUGUGCCUUUUAAAUAUCACCAUUUUAUUUUUAACAUUUUGUAUUUUUUCAAAUAGGAAAUAAAAAGAAUCUUUACCAAGACAAUGUGUACUUUAUUUCUCGACAAGAAAAAUGAUGAAGAUGUAAGAAAUGUGAACAAAAAUACAUGGUUAAUGUUAAGCUGUGUACAUUUUUUAAGUAAACUACUCUGGUUAAUGACGUCAGUAUGUGUUGAGGGACACGGUGGAUAGAUUAGGUAGAUAAGUUAGAUAACCAUCUGUUAACUUAGCUAGUGAUGGAAAGUGCUCUUUCAGCUCUUCUGCUGGUGAUUGAGUACGCUAGUCGUACUUGUCAUUAGUUACUAUGGGUGUAACGAUACGCUCCGGUCACGAUUCAAAUCAAUUUACAAUACUGACUUCAGGAUUUCGAUUCGAUUCGAUUUUUGUCUGUAUAAAAGUAAAUAAAUUAAAAAUGCCUAUGAACAGAGGUUUAAUAUUGUUCACAAAAUGUACUACAGGUUCACUAUAUCUUAAACAUAAAUUAUAAAUACUUUCCAAUAUUUUGACUGAAUAAACAAAG